CCGACCGCCUUGAAUGUGACCACCCAGCAAGGUUCCUCCCUGCACGAGAGUAGAAGCUGCCACAUUGAAGAGGAACAAAAAGGCAGCCUGACGCUUUCCGCACUCGCUCAUCUUUCUCCGGGCUAGUCACUGGAUUUCAAUGUUCAGCCGGCGCUUUGCUUUCUGUGUUGACUUGGGCCGCACCUAUAUGGCGUGUGUGAGCGGGGAAUUUUGCCAGGCACAGCACCUCACCACAGUGGAGAAGUGAAUCGACAGCCCCGCGAGGGACUACGCUACCCAGAAACCCCCUUGACUGGCCAGUGCACUCGGAACCGCUGACUUUGAAAAGGCCCCCCUGGGAUAUCGCGUAGUCCUUGGCCCCCGACUGCCCCGCCGACGCCACAACUUUGCUUUCCGCUUUCUCUUUGAACAGCCAAUCACAAACAGCUCUCCUGAAUGGGCCGUCUCGCCAACAUGAACCGCCCCGCUGCAGUCGAGAUCACCUACGAGUGCAUGAGGUUCCUCAUCACCCACAAUCCCACCAACGCCACGCUUAACAAGUUCACCGAGGAGCUGAAAAAGUUCUCCGUGCAAACUGUGGUGAGGGUGUGCGAAUCCACCUAUGACAAGGCUCCUGUGGAGAAGGAGGGGAUCCAGGUUUUGGACUGGCCUUUCGAUGAUGGCGCCCCACCUCCCACCCAUAUUGUGGACGACUGGCUCAAGCUGCUGAACACCAAGUUUCGAGAGGAACCCGGCUGCUGCAUCGCCGUGCACUGUGUUGCCGGGCUCGGCCGCGCUCCUGUCCUGGUGGCCUUGGCUCUCAUUGAGAGCGGAAUGAAGUAUGAGGAUGCCGUGCAGUUCAUAAGGCAGAAGAGACGCGGCGCCUUCAACUCCAAACAGCUCCUUUACCUCGAGAAAUACCGGCCCAAAAUGCGUCUGCGCUUCAAGGAUCCCAACGGCCACGCCUGCUGCGUGCAGUAAGGCGGCGCCGCCUCCUGUGCGUCUUGCCUCCAGCCGCGUGUGGAGCGCGAGCAGUAAUUGUUGUGAUGAUUUGUAAACACUGAGUCAUGGCUAGUCCAACAGAGAACACGCGAGUAACGCAAUGAAUGAAUGAAUGCAGACCACGGGGUACACCAGCGGAACCGUCGCAAGGUGAAAGCACACAAACGGGCCCACCACCUUCCCGGUUCUACCCGGUUCUACUGUCAACCACGGCCCAACUUUCUUUUCAACUUGAGUCCAUCCUAUCUUUGAUUCCUUCUUCCCUACUUUUCUGCUUGGAAUAUUAUUAGACUUCCAUUUUUGUGAUUAUUAUUAUUUUUUUUUUAAAUUGACACAAAGUGGUGAUGAAAAGAUGCAAUAUGAAAUGAUGUUGAGAAUUUUAUUCCCACAGUGUGUUGAUUGGAGCCAUGUAUCUUAUAAACCAUUUUUUUUCAAAUGUCCAUUUAGGUAUUUUGGGCUGUUUUGUGUGGGCACAUACAAGAAAAUGCAGUAAUGUUUUCUCUUUUUUUUUUUUUUUUUUAACCUUUUUCCUCUUUUUGCUUCAAGUCACUUUCAUAUUUUCUAAAUAUGUCUGCAAUAUUUAUUCACAAGGUGAUAUGUGUAGGAGCGGGGCAGGGACACUGAAUUCAACCCUUUUUGUUUUGUCCUCCUUUUAAGAGCCAUGUGGUUUUUUUUUUUCUUUCUUGGAGUGCAAUAAUCUGUCCACAUUGAAACCCCGGUGACACCACACACACACCCAGACACGGACAGGAAGUAGCAGGUACAUUGGUUCUUAACAGUGCAAGUGUAGGACUUCCUGUCUAAUCGGCUUAUUUAAAGCACACGGCCCGAGAUCCCAUCUGGAGAAAGAAUGAACAUGGUCAGUUUUUUUAUUGUUGUACCCCAUUUUGAAAACAUCCCCCCAAUUCGUAUUGGGUUCUUUAAAGAUAAAUAAAAUGAAAUAAAAAGCAA